AGUACGUAUACUGCGCCACUGAACAUUUGACUUAAGUUCACUGUGAUUGAACUGUAUUGUAUUGUUUAAUCAUUCAUACAUCGGUAUAGUCAUAAUGAUAUUGUAAUUUUAACUGAAACACUUCACAAGUUCCUUUUCCUUUUAUAAUUGAUUAAACUAUUAUAUAUCUUUGGACGGUUUUAUGCGAGUUUUUGUUAGAAAAAUGUCGCAAAUUAUUCCCGAUUUACCGGAGGGACCUCUGGAUUUUUACCGGAAGAAGGCAUCGUUCGAUUGGAAGAAAUUGAAGGUUUUUCUAGACACUGAAGAAAUCGUUAAGUAUCAGAAUGAUGUACACAAAGAACUCCAAAAACUCUCCAUAUUCAAACCCAACAUCCACGAAGGAACUUUCGAUGAUUUUCGACAUAAAUCUACAAUGCAAUAUCUUCAUUAUGGCGAUAUAGACUUACUAAAGAUGGAAAACCAAUUUGAAGACUUAAAACGACCCUACGCAGCUUUAAGGACCAUGUUCCAACUAACCCCGUCAUCCCAAAUCAAACACAGCGUUGGAGAUAAUUUGUUUACUGGUGUUAUAAGAACUAUGGGUACCGAAAGGCAUCAACACUAUGCUGAUGAUUCCGCAGAUGCAAAAAUAUUUGGCUGUUUUUGCUUGACAGAAAUCGGCCAUGGAACCAACACCAAAGGAAUGAGAACCACUGCCACAUACGAUAAAAAGAAAAAAUGUUUUGUGUUCCAUUCUCCAGACUUUGCAGCUGCAAAAUGUUGGGCUGGCGGUUUGGGCCAAGUUGCAACCCAUGCUGUGGUUUUUGCACAGCUAGUCAUCGACGGUACACAAUAUGGUCUUCAUACCUUCCUUAUCCCCAUUAGAAAUCCUGAAGAUAUGGUACCAUUCUCUGGCGUGACUGUAGGUGAUAUGGGGGAAAAAAUUGGUCUUAAUGGUCUUGACAAUGGUUUUUUAAUGUUCGACAACUACGAAGUAUCACGCGAAUGUCUUCUGAACAAAAUAGCAGACGUCACAGAAGAGGGGGAAUACGUAACACCAUUUAGAGACCCAAAAAAACGUCAUGGGGCUUCACUGGGACCCCUAUCAGGAGGUAGGGUCAAUAUUGCCGGAGUUUGUGAAGCAUUUGGGUCUAAAGCUUUGACAAUAGCUCUUAGAUACGCUGGUGUAAGAAAACAAUUUGGUCCUGGUGACGAAGAAGUGCCUAUUUUAGAGUAUCAAACACAUCAACACAGGUUAAUACCAUACUUAGCUGCAACUUACGUUCUAAAAAAUUUUAAUACUUUCUUCGUGGAAAAAUUCUUUCAAAUGCAGUUGGAUUCCAUUUUCGGAAACAAUAAAAAUAUAGGGCCUGAUUUAGGUAUUGAAAUACAUGCUAUUUCAUCAGGAUCAAAACCUUUGGCUGGUUGGUUGAUGAUGGCUGCUAUUCAACAGUGCAGAGAAACAUGCGGUGGGCAUGGCUACUUAAAAGCUUCUGGGAUAGGUGAUAUUAGAAAUGACUGUGAUGCCAACCUUACCUACGAAGGAGAAAACCACGUUUUAAUCCAACAAACUAGCAAUUGGUUGCUGAAAUUCUGGCCACAAAUUUUGAAACGAGAAAAAAUUGCAACCCCCUUGGAAUCGGCAAACUUUUUAUCCAAUGGUUUGGAUAUUUUAAACAGCAAAUUUUCAUGCAGGGCUGAAGAGGAACUUAGACGUCCAGAAAAUAUAAUGUCAAUGGUACAAUGGCUUGUAGUUUACUUAUUAAAAGAAACCCACGCCAAACUAGAAAAUUUUCCGAAAGAUGAGACUAGUCAAUUCUGGGCCAAAAACAACAUUCAAGUUUAUUACGCCAAAGACUUAGCUGUAGCCUUUAUAGAACAUUACUUUCUUAAAAAAAUGUUGGAAACCAUCAACCAAUCACCAGAUGGAAACAUCAAACAUGUACUUGAAAGAAUUUUUUCACUGUAUGGAUUAUGGUCCCUUCAGAAACAUACGACUGUUUUUUACAAAGGGGGUUACGCCAGUGGUCCAAACAUCACAGAUUUCAUUCAAAAUCAAGUCUUAAAGUUAUGCAGCGAACUUAAAGAUGACGCUAUUUCCUUGGUGGACGUAAUUGCUCCACCAGAUUUUAUACUGAACUCUGUCUUGGGUCACUCCAACGGAGAGGUUUAUAAAAAUUUACAGUCGGCCAUCUUCAGAUCUCCGCAUGCUAUGAGCAGGCCAUCUUGGUGGCAAGACAUCGUCAAUUGGAAAUACAAAAAAUCCAAGUUGUAGAUGAUAGUUUUAAUUUGAUUGUUAAUUUUAUAUUUUUAUUACAUUUUAUUUGUAUUAA